AACCAAAGCCUUUGGCCGACCCAAAAAAAAAAACACAAACAAAGCAUUAUCUUCUCUUCUCACACUAACUAAUAAAGUAAUAAUCCUCUGCUCUAAUGGCCAAAGAGAAAACCGAAUCUCCGGCCGUGAAGAAAACUCCGGCGGCUUCAGAAAAGACAGUGAAGACGCCGCGAAAAUCCAAAACCGCCACUCAUCCUCCAUACUUUCAGAUGAUAAAAGAGGCUUUGAUCACUCUGAAAGAGAAGAAAGGAUCAAGCCCUUACGCUAUAGCAAAGAAGAUUGAGGAGAAAUACAAAUCCGAACUACCAGAUAAUUUUCGUAAAACACUUUCUCUACAGCUUAAAAACUCAGUCGCUAAAGGUAAGCUCGUGAAAAUCAGAGCCUCAUACAAGCUCUCAGAGACUAACACGAGGACUACGAGACAGCAGAGCAAGAAGAAUCUGGAGGAGAGAAAGGGUAACACUCGUUCUUCGUCAAGAAGGUCCAAGAAAACUGUGUCUGUGAACAGACAAGAAGCAGCCACGAAAAAGAAGAGGAAAGCGAAGAAGCCAAAACAACCCAAGUCCAUCAAAUCUCAAGCUUCGAAAAAGGCCUUGAAAGCUUCUGCUACUUGAUCACCGAGAAGACAAAGAAGACGAAGAAGUAGAUGUGUGUGAAUAUUGAUGAUGAAUAAGGUUUUACUCUUUGUAAAAUGAAUGACUCUGUUUUUGGUUUUAGUAUGUCUCUGUUUUUGGUUUUGGUGUGUCUCUGUUUUAGGGCUUAAGGGUAAAGAGUCUUUAGAUGUAUAACUACGUACUGUAUAAUCUAUGCGAUAAUUUUGGUUUU